AAGGCUGAAAAAUUUGCUGGGGCGCUAAUGUUAGCUUGAAGCAAGGUUAGCAUUAACAGUAUUAUUGAGUGUAUAUGUUUUUUUCCAUUGUUGUCAUGAAUUAGGAUUGAAUUGUCGAAUCCCGUUCCGUUAGCGAUCGUGGCUGGCUGGACAGAGAGCUGUCAGGCAUGUAUGCCUCUAGCAAAUACAGUAGUCGGGGCCCUGCUCUUAUCCCACGGAUGAAGACCAAGCACCGCAUUUACUACAUCACCCUUUUCUCUGUGGUACUGCUUGGACUAAUUGCCACUGGGAUGUUUCAGUUCUGGCCCCACUCCAUUGAGUCCACAGCUGACUGGUCCCUUGAUAAACGCAGUGUCCAUGAUGCACCUCUCAUCCACCUGCCUGUCUCUAGUCCCAUUCCUGAAAGAGGUGACCUCAGCUGUCGCAUGCACACCUGUUUUGAUGUGUACAGAUGUGGCUACAAUCCUAAGAAUAGAAUUAAGGUCUACAUCUACCCUCUGCAGAGGUUUGUAGAUGAAGUCGGGGUUCCCAUCAGCAGCAUUGGACUGUCUCGGGAGUAUAAUGACCUGCUCGGUGCCAUUUCUGACAGUGACUUUUACACUGAUGACGUCACCAGAGCCUGUCUUUUUAUCCCUUCUAUUGAUGUGCUGAAUCAGAACUCUCUCCGUAUUCGAGAGACUGCCCAAGCUCUGGCAAUGCUACCCAGAUGGGACAAAGGAAUGAAUCACCUACUUUUCAAUAUGUUACCUGGAGGCCCUCCAGAUUACAACACUGCCUUGGAUGUGCCCAGGGACAGAGCACUGCUGGCUGGAGGUGGUUUUUCUACAUGGACCUACAGACAAGGUUAUGAUGUCAGCAUCCCAGUUUACAGCCCCCUUUCUGCAGAUGUUGAGCUGCCUGAGAGACAGCCUGGCCCACGGCGCUACUUUAUUCUGUCUUCUCAAACCGCCAUUCACCGAGAGUACCGUGCUGAACUGGAGCGCUUGAAGGAAGAAAACGGAGAAGCGCUGCUGCUCCUGGACAAAUGUAGCAACCUCUCCCAUGGUGCUGCCUCUGCACGAAAACGCUGCUACAAGGGGCAGGUGUAUGACUACCCACAGAUCCUGCAGGAAUCUUCGUUCUGUGUAGUUUUGAGGGGGGCACGUUUGGGUCAGGCUGCCCUGAGUGAUGUGCUGCAGGCUGGCUGUGUCCCUGUCAUCCUUGCUGACUCUUACAUUCUGCCAUUCUCUGAAGUACUUGACUGGAAAAGGGCAUCUGUGGUUAUUCCUGAGGAAAAGCUAUCAGAGAUGUACACUAUCCUAAAGAGUAUUCCUCACAGACAAGUUGAAGAGAUGCAGAGACAGGCACGCUGGUUCUGGGAGGCCUACUUCAGCUCCAUGAAAGCUAUUGGACUGACGACGCUCCAGAUCAUCAAUGACCGUAUCUACCCAUAUGCUGCACGGACUUAUGAGCAGUGGAACAAUCCACCUGUGGUUAAGUGGUCCAGUGUAAACAGCCCUCUGUUUUUGCCACUUAUCCCGCCAAGGGCACCUGGGUUCACAGCAGUGGUGCUGACGUACGAUCGUGUUGAGAGUCUUUUCCGGGUCAUCACUGAAAUCUCCAAAGUACCUAGCUUGGCAAAGCUGUUGGUGGUGUGGAAUAACCAGAACAAAAGUCCUCCAGAGGGUGCUAUAGGCACAAGGAGAACAUGCAAACUCUGCAAUAAAGUUGUACGCACCAAAGAGAAUAAGCUGAGCAACCGCUUCUUCCCCUAUGAUGAGAUCGAGACAGAGGCUGUGCUAGCAAUAGAUGAUGACAUCAUCAUGCUGACAUCUGAUGAACUGCAGUUUGGCUAUGAGGUAUGGAGGGAGUUCCCAGACAGGUUGGUGGGCUACCCAGGCCGGCUGCACCUCUGGGACCAUGAAAUGGGGAAGUGGAAGUACGAGUCAGAAUGGACCAACGAGGUCUCCAUGGUUCUAACUGGAGCCGCUUUCUAUCACAAGUACUUCAACUAUUUGUACACAUACAAGAUGCCAGGAGACAUCAAGAACUGGGUGGACGCCCACAUGAACUGUGAAGAUAUUGCCAUGAACUUCCUGGUGGCUAACAUCACAGGCAAAGCACCCAUAAAGGUGACCCCCAGGAAAAAGUUCAAGUGUCCUGAGUGUACUGCCAUUGAUGGACUGUCCCUGGAUCAGACACACAUGGUGGAGAGAUCUGAGUGCAUCAACAAGUUUGCAUCCGUUUUUGGCACAAUGCCUCUGAAGGUGGUGGAACACCGUGCAGAUCCUGUGCUCUAUAAAGACGACUUCCCAGAGAAGCUCAAAAGCUUCCCCAACAUUGGCAGCCUCUGACCAUCCGGUAGCAGAUGUUUGGACUUCGUCUCAGCCUCAGAGCAAGAUUCAGCAUCUUUUAUUUCAAGGUGUCAUUAUGUGGACUAAAGUGGUAAUGCUCUUGUCACAUCUCACUUCAAGUGACUUGUACAAGAUAUUAAUUUAAUAUCUUGAGUGACAGAGGACAGAAAUCUGAGAAUGGUGGUGAGUAGGAUUGCAGUGAUUUGUUUCUUAACAUAAAAGAUGUUUUCAAAUAUUUAUCAAAACUAAUGUAUAGACUCAUAAACUGCUAUUGGAGGCUCACCCUAAUAUUAGACAGGCUGACUGAAGCUUGUGGUCCUUCCCUGUUACUGCUUUGGAGUUGUAAACUCCACUCUGGAAUCAGUGUAUACAGUGUAUAUAUUUGUAUUUUGCAGCAGUGCUGCAUGAUAGUCAUAAUUUAUGAUGCUCCAUCAAGGAUUUUCUAUUUUUUCCUUUUCAGAAACUUACAUGGACCAGAUCCUUAUAUAUAUGAAAAGAAAAAGUGAUACGUGUUUAUUUACAUGAUAUAUAAUACUGUACAUGUGUAAACUGCAUAUAUACUGUAUGUAGGUAGACUUUUACUAAUGGGUAUUUGAAUGUGAUGGCAUACAGCAUGGUGGCUAACAAACAUACUGUAGAUGUUUCACAGUCAGGUUAGGUUGUUAGAAGAAACUAGCACCUUAAAUCUAAGUUUUAGAGUGAGUAACUCUAACUGCUGAGUAAAAAAAAAAAUAAAUGCAGACCUCCUUGAACAUCUUGGGUUUUGGUUUUUAUGUUUGAGCAAACCUGAAUUUUAUAUGGAUAUAUGACAAGCAGUGGUGUUAAUUGAAGCGUCCACUGCAUAAUUUCCUGAGUUAAGUGUAUGAUCACUGCACAAGCUCCUAUGCUGAUAUGUAAUAUGUAUGUUUGCCAUGCACUUGAAGACCUUUUGUAUAGUGAAUAAUGGACAAUUCCAAAAACACACUUUUCAAAACAGAUAUGUAUAAACUGUUGAUGCAAUGCUUUACCUUAUGUUGUCAUGUUUUCUGUUGUGUGUGUUUAUAGUUUUUUCCUUUUCAUCACUAAUUACGUAUUUAGACUAUAACAUUGAGAACAGUGCAGUCUGUCAGAUGUUAACACUGCCUUGUGAUAUUUUUGCCUUUUUUCAUUAUUUUCAUGAGGUCUGAAAUUGUUUAAAAGAUUCUGACUGAGUUUAUAAAAUAUUUUGACUGAGUUUAUGUAUCUGUGUGUACAUAUGACUUCAUAAUACACAAGA